CUGGUUUUGCUAUGCAGUCAGCUAGUAGCCUUCCAAUCAAAGUCGAAAUCCGUACUGCCCUUGCUUAGCGAUCCAAAAUUAAGAUUGCUUCUCCCUGAUCGCGUAGUCAGUUUAGUCGGAUGAGACCAACUUCGGCUAGCCAAUAGGAAACAGUGGUCUACACACAAGUCAAGCUAAUUGGUCAAAAGAUUUACGCGACGCUGCCAAACAUCAGCUGUAAAAGGAAACGUGAUUGACACGUUCCUUUGAUUUGUAGAUUUGAACGCAGUGUGACCUUACGGACUUGCGCUUAACCAGUUGUUUUUUACAGCUCAGGCAUCCGUUCUCACUAGAUGCAACGCCCGGCUAGCUUACCUGCGAACUUUGGCAAGAUGUUGAAUAAAAUGAGCAGAACUAACCGCCGUGUUUUGUGGAUAUCGGCUAUUGUGCUAUCGGGUAUUCUCCUUCUUUUAUUCACCGGUGGAGAUGGAAGCAGUUGCGAUGGAAGUUAUGCUGCAUUCACGGGCAUACCCAAUUUACAUGCAGCCUAUCAAAACUUUCAGAAGGGAUCUACUACUCAUUUACGGUAUCCAGCCGACUUUCCCGUGAUCAUGCAAGAUGUCAAUCUGUGUCGAUCAAGCGAUCAGCCUAACCUAGUUGUCCUUAUCAAAACAACUCAUGAGCAAUACCGCCUACGACAGCAAAUACGUCAAACGUGGGGUAAUUCGUCCUGCUACUCCAAACACGGGCUAUCAGCACGUGUGUUGUUUCUUUUUGGUGUGUUGUCCGAUCAAGUGGAGUUAAGGGAUCACCUACAGACUCAGCUUAAUUGGGAACACCGGAUAUAUCAGGACAUACUUCAGUUCGGUUUUGUAGACACUUAUCGGAACAACACGCACAAAGUUAAAAGCGCUCUGAAAUACCUAACCGAACGCUGCCCACAAUCCCGAUAUAUUGUUAUCUUCGACGAAGACUUUCUCGUCCACCCUCGCAAUUUGGUCUCUACUCUGAAUAGUGUAACGGAGAUUCAGUAUCCCAUAUUAUUUGCAGGACUGGUAAGAAAUGCAGAGCGUCCGUUUCGGUACAUAUUUAGCAAGUGGUAUGUUAGCCGCAGUGAGUUUCCUUACAACGCAUAUCCACCUUUUGUGUGCGGAGGGGCUGUGCUCAUGAGCAUGCCUUUUGCCAACAUGCUGUCCUUCGGAUUGCAGUCGAUCCCUUAUCUGUUCAUGGAUGACGUUCUCAUGGCAAUUGUAGCUCAUGAAUACAACAUUCUUCCUGUGAAUGUGGCGGGAAUCCAUUCGCCAUGCGGACUAAAGCGACUCUAUCGGAAGCUGGCAAGCAACCUGGUCGCUGCGCACGAAUUCAGAGAUGUGGCCCACCAAGCUAUAGGUUGGACCAUACUGGAGCAGCCGUGCUGACAGCAGUUGUCCAGUGAAUUCCAUUGCAACAUACAAGAUUUCCUAUACUCACAGUUCAUGGAUAAAACAAUGGAGAUGCAACAGUGUAGGUGCAUACUGAUUGUGAUCCCAAACGAUCAACUCCCUCGUGUGGCCUUGACAUAAUGGACCCAAUUGUCCCAGCCAUCCAAAUUGCUACCGCUGUAGAUUUGCCAAGUAGAGGAUUACCCCCAUUCACCUCACGGCAAUUUUAUCUAAGCGCUUCCGCUAGGGUUACAGCAUCGCUGCAUUCUGUCUGCAUUUAUUCGGUGCUGUUUGUUGCUGUGACUGGAGGAUCAGUCCACUGUGAUGCCCCAGCUAUUGUGCACAGGAAAGAUGUACUGACAAGUCCCAAACACAUGGUACGUAGAUCCUAUUUCAAUCCCAUCACACCUAUGUAUUGGUCGAUUUUAAGUCCAUCCAGCACAUAUAUGUGGAGUAACAUUAUUCCAUUGGAUGAUGAUAUAUGCAUUUUCUAGUACGAGUGAUCCUGGAAAAG